AUGCGUCGACGACGUAUGCGACCCCGCCGUACAAUCUCUCUUCAGCCCCAGCUCCCGCAAUGGCAAGCAGAACCCUGGGCUGCUCAGCAAUAUGGCCAGACUUUUGCCUCCCAAGCGAUGCCGACCGAAAUGUCCUAUUCGUCGACGGCGCCACGCGUUGACCCCCCUACGCCUGUUUCGUCGCAAGAAGCGCGCUUCUCUUCCAGUAGUCUGAGCCAGGCGCAAGAACUUCGUCGACCAGACAGCGGCUAUACUGCCCCUGCACCUACUUCACCACCGCUCAGGAAUAGGCGGAAAGAUAAGGAAUCCCCUAUGAUACCUCCGGUUCAAUCUCCUCCUUCCGGAUUGGACUUCCAUAAGAUGCGGGAGUCUUAUCGCCUUAUUUUGGAUAACGGCACCCACUUGCUAAACAGUGGAGCAUUCACCCAGUCCCGGUCUCCACCGGCAGAACCAAUGGAGCAAAUGGUACAAUCCGCUAGCUACGGAAUGCAUGUGCUUCAGUCCGCUACGGCCCAGUCCAAUCCGGAGCCCAAGCCGGCUAGCGGGGUACCUGACCAAGAUGCGCCAGCGUCGAAACGGCAGAAAGGCGAUGAACACGUGCAAGAGGGGCAAACAUGCCGAGGAUGCGGAGCGACUUCGACGCCGGAAUGGCGUAGAGGACCGUUAGGACCACGAACGCUUUGCAACGCCUGUGGCCUCGUGUAUGCCAAACUUCUCAAAAAGCGUGCACGAGGGGAGGUGAGGUCCCACGCCCAAGAUGGUGUCGGCCAAAGCACACAGCCGGCGAUUGACGAAUCCGGCAUUGUUUCCAGUGGGGCUAGCGAGGAUGAAGACUCUUACAGUUCACAGGAACGAAGGAGUGAUUUCGGUGAUCAUACAAGGAGGGGUUAA